AGUCGGUCAAGUUUUAAAGAUCUAAGACCACCAAAUGUAUUGUAUAAAUCCUCAACGCCACACAACGUGUGCGUUUGUCUAUAUCAUGAAAAUGUAUCUCUUCUUCUUAAAGCUCUAAAUGAACAUAUUGAUGGUUUAAAAACAAUUAAUUUACAAUCAUUUGUCAAAUUACUCGUUUGUGACGCUGGAAAUGAAAUAUGUAUGUCAACUGAAUGUCAUAAAUGUAAUGGAAAUUUUAAUGAUAAAAUACAACAAAAAAUUAUUGACGAGAAACGUGUGAUUGAAUGGACACUGUGGACUACGUCAGCAGAAGGUCGAGCAGUGAAAACAGAUUUUUCCGGUACUGUAAAGGAAUGCUGUACAGUUUUACAUAGUAAGAUUGAGCAUUUUCUAAUGCAUGUUUUUAUAAAACGUCAACAAGCAAGUUAUUUUGAAACUAUUAAAUUAAAUGUUACUGAUCAAUAUUGUUUAUUGCAAGUUGACUAUUCUGAAAACUUUUCGAUUGUCCAACAAAAUGAGAUUCAAAGUGCCCACUGGGCAAAAAAACAAUUAGCUUUGUUUACUGCACAUGUUUGGUCACAAUCAGCAAACCAUUCAAUUGUUAUUGUAUCAGAUAAUCCAUUACAUAAUAAAUAUACUGUUACAAAAUGUUUAGAACACGUUUUAACACAUUUACAAACAUUACUUCCAUCAUUGGAAGAAUUAGUUAUUUAUAGCGAUGGUAGUGCGAGUCAAUUCAAACAAAGAUAUUUGUUUAAAAACUUGACAUUGUUGGCUAGAGAUGCUAAUAUUUUACUAUCAUGGCAUUUCUUUGCUACCUCACAUGGUAAAGGUUAG